ACGUCAAACAAAUUCACCAGAAAUGAGAAGAGACGAGAAAUAGAGAAAGUAACACCAUUACCUUCACUGUCGCUGCGUCGCAGUUCGCGUUCGCUGUUCACCGUUGCGGUUCGCGCUCGCCUUUCACUGUUCGUCGUCCCCCGCAUCGUCCUUUCUCUUGCCCUCUUUUAUGUGUGCGAACACUGAUAUUAUUGUUUGAUAAGAACAUCCAUCGAUCAAAGAAGUGAGAAGCAAUGUAGGUUGGCCAAUUAAUAUAUUUACAAGGAUUGAAAGGGAAGGUCAUAAAUCAAUACAGAAACCUUUUUGUGGAGGCCCGUGGCAAGGAUUCUGCCAAAAAGGAUCUUAAUAGCCAGAGGAACUUAUUCCGAGAUAUUUUAGAAUUUUUUCAGGUAUUUAAAUUUCAUUUUAUUUAUUAGUUAAUAUUACUAUGAUAACCGAAGUCAUUCAUCAUCUUGUAAAUCUAGUAUUUAAGUGCUGAUUUUAUUUUGUUAGAGGUAUUUUUCAGAGAGGAAGAACCACUGAAGCUGAAGCAAAAUCUGAGAAGCUCUUGAGAAGAAUAAAUGUGAAAUCCGAAAAGGUUGACCUGUCAAAGAGGUUUUUUUCACAAUUCUCAAUAGUUUUGUUCUUGGGAAAUGCUUUUGAAGUUUCACCCUUUGUGUUUGAACGAUGUAAAUGCACUUGCCCCAACUUCAACGUCAACUUCCACCUCAAUUCUGCCUGAAAACAACAACUUUGUCCGCAUUCUCCAUAGCCCCAAUUCCACAAAACAUGUCAUAGAACACCAACACACUCCACCAAAGAGCCUGAAUUUGGAACAGGAUUUGGGGAUUCUAAAGAAAAGGGUUAAUAGGUCUGUUGUUUUGCAGCAUAACAAGGUGCACAUCAGGUGUUUGACGAAAUGGGUAUGUUAUGGUGGACGCAUUCCUUCUAUUCUUCAGGCUCUGAGUACUGUUCAGGACUUGGAUGAGGCUCUCAUGCCAUGGCAAGAGGCCUUGACCUGCAAGGAAAUUAGUAUUAUUUUGAAGGAACAGGUUUCUUGGGAGAGGGCUCUUCAGAUUUUUGAGUGGCUUGAGAAAAAGGGUUGUUAUGAGUUGAAUGUGAUUCAUUAUAACAUUAUCUUCAGGGUCCUAGGCGAGGCGCAAAAGUGGUGCCUUGUGGAGAGUUUGUGGGAUGAGAUGAAUGCAAGAGGGGUUGAACCUGUGAAUUCCACAUAUGGAACUUUGAUUGAUGUUUAUGGUAAAGGUGGACAGAGAAAAGACAAAGCACUUGUUUGGCUUAAGAAGAUGCGAAGUCAAGGAAUGGAACCUGAUGAGAUCACAAUGGGGAUUGUUGUUCAGUUGCACAAGAGGAAUGGAGAGUACCAGAAAGCUCACGAUUUUUUUAGUAAAUGGUACUCAACAGGUGAACCUCUGAGACUAAGGAGGAGUAAUAAUACUUCAAAAGUAGGCCACAAUGUGUUAUCAUAUACCAAUGUUUGUUUAAGCUCAAGGACAUAUAAUACUUUGAUUGACAUGUAUGGUAAAGCUGGCCAACUUUGGGCAGCGUUUGAAAUCUUUGCUAAGAUGAUCAAACAAGGUGUAUCUCUGACCACAGUGACACUUAAUACAAUGAUUCAUUUAUAUGGAAAUCAUGGAUGCCUUGAGAAAGUUAGUUUGCUGUUGCAGAGGAUGGUGGAGCUUCGGUGCCUACCUGAUGCAAGGACAUAUAACAUACUUAUUUCUGUUUAUAUUAAGCAUAAUAAUAUCAAUUUGGCAGUGAGGUAUUUUGCAAUGAUGAAAGAGACCUGUCUUGAACCGGACCUUGUUAGUUAUCGUACCCUCUUGCAUGCAUACUCCACAAGGAAAAUGGUCCUUGAAGCCGAAGAGCACAUGCAGGAGAUGGAUGAGAAGGGUCUUGAGAUUGAUGAAUUCGCCCAAUCUGCUGUGACUAGGAUGUAUGUAGAGUUGCGUAUGCUUAAGAAAUCAUGGUUGUGGUUCAGGAGGUUUCAUCUAGCUGGGAGUAUUACGUCGGACUGUUAUUCCGCCAUUAUUGAUGCAUAUGGCCAGCAAGGGUAUACUUUAGAAGCAGAGAGAGUCUUUAACUGUUGCAAAGAAAGGAAGAAGCUUGGCGUCCUUGUGUUUAAUGUGAUGAUUAAAGCUUAUGGGGUUGGAAAAUGCUAUGAUAAAGCAUGUCAGUUGUUUGACAGUAUGGAAACAUAUGGUUUUAUUGCAGACAAGUGUAGCUACAGUUCUCUCAUACAUAUCUUGGCCACUGCUGACAGGCCACACAUUGCAAAAGCUUAUUUGAAAAGAAUGCAAGAUGCAGGACUAGUGACUGAUUGCAUUCCAUAUGCCGCGGUGAUAACAAGCUUUGGAAAGUUAGGCCAAUUGGAACAGGCAAAAGGAUUAUACAAGGAGAUGAUUGCAUAUAAUGUCCAGCCUGAUGUAAUUAUCUAUGGGGUGUUAAUCAAUGCUUUUGCUGAUGCUGGAAGUGUUAAAGAAGCUGUUAGUUAUCUUGAUGAAAUGCAAUGGGCAGGUUUUCCAAGAAAUCCAACUAUAGAUAACUCUUUGAUGAAGUUGUAUACCAAAGUAGGGUACUUGAAAGAAGCACAAGAAACAUACAAGUUGCUUCAGUCAUCAGAGCAGGGUCCUUCUAUAUUUUCCUCUAAUUGUAUGCUUGAUCUUUAUACUGAGCGACUAAUGGUUGAACAAGCGAUUGAGAUAUUUGAGAGCUUAAAGCAGAAAGGUGUUGCAAAUGAGUUCUCAUAUGCAAUGAUGUUACGCAUGUAUAAGAAAAUUGGGAGAUUGGACGAAGCUGUUCAGAUUGCGAAACGAAUGAGAAACCUAGGACUCCUCACUGAUUUAUUAAGUUAUAAUAACAUAAUUGGCUUGUAUUCUCUUGUUAGGAGGCCACAGGAAGCUACCAAGACUUUCAAGGAAAUGGAAAAAUCCGGAAUUCAACCAGAUGAUUUUACAUUCAGAGCUCUUGGACAAUGUUUGCUGAAUUAUGGAGUUUCAAAGCAAGAUAUUGGAAGGCUAGAAGUAAUGGUUAAGAAGGAUGCACCAAAUGCUUUGCAAGAAUGGAUGUUGAUGCUCUCAUCUGUGCUGGGAAUAGAUGGUUAUACAUAUUAAUUGACAUGAUCAAUCAUUGAUGCACCUUACAUCUUCAGUUCCUACAAGGCUCAGUUUAUCGCUAGAGCAUUCCAAUCAAAUUAUCUGGAAUUACACUGUUGAGGGCUUGAGGCUAUUGAAAGUCAUAGUUGUUCAAGGAAAAAAAUUAGCGAUCUGGAAUUUCAUGAGCAAUGAUUGUUUUUUUUUGUGAUCAAGCUGGGGAAUCAGCAAAAACCGGGGUCAUUAAUAACUGCUCGAUCACUGUUUGGAAUCAAGAGCUGAAUUGCACUCUGCUAGAAACCUUUGGGGUACCUGAAUGAGGAAGAUCAAGAAUGAUCUUUUGAAGGUGAAUUACGGGCUGGACUUGAGUCUGGGGAGCUUGAAUUGAAGAUCAAGUUGAUCACCCCUGUUGCUUCUCAAUAUAAUGCUGAGAUUGCACGAGUCGUUACUUUA